AUGACUUUUGAAAGUUUUAAUAGAUGGGACGUCGUUGGUGAUAAAUACUUCAAAGGGAAUUUGACUGGGAAAAUUAGCAAAGUUCGUGUCGUGACUGUCAAGAAAAAUAAGCCUUCCAUGAUUUCUAUCAAAGACUCCAUGAACGUUAAUGCAAACUCGUAUAAUGUCGAAGUUCAAUCCAAAACCAAAGGUCCACUGAUGCCUUGCUACCGAUCACGACUGCCAAUCGCAGAGGCCAAAUAUAAUGAUCUCAUGAAACUUUGUAAAGAUAAAGUAAUACCUGCUCCAUUCCAUCACGAAUACUCCAUUAUCCCAAAGGCUACUAAUGCAAAAGAUACCUUGCCUGAAUCAGAUAUAGAAGAUGAUGAAUAA